GUAUUGUCGCCUACCUCCAGGGAAGCUUUAUUACGAAAAUAUUGUUUCUACCCGGACGUUUUACAUGUAGUCCUACAGCUAGGAGGAAGACGUCUACCAUGGCGGAGACGCACAGCUUGCAGGAUCUGCGGCAACAAGCAGCUAUCGCCUCCAAAGUGUUUGUUCAGAGAGAUUACACUUCAGGCACAAUAUGCAAGUUCCAGACCAAGUUUCCAUCCGAGCUCGAGACCAGGAUUGAUAAGCAACAAUUCGAGGAGACCGUCCAGACUCUCAACAACCUCUAUGCUGAGGCUGAGAAGCUGGGUGGCAAGUCCUAUCUGGAGGGGUGUUUGGCCUGCCUCACAGCCUACACUAUUUUCCUCUGCAUGGAGACCCAUUAUGAGAAGGUGCUGAAAAAGAUAGCCAAGUACAUCCAAGAACAGAAUGAGAAGGUCUUUGCACCACUGGGAUUGCUCCUCACUGACCCCAUUGAGAGAGGACUCCGGGUCGUUGAAAUCACUAUCUAUGAGGACAGAAGCAUUGGCUCCAGAUAAAAGAAAAAGAAAAAUCACCAAAGUCACCCUGGAGUACAUCACUUUGGUUGGCCUUCUGACUCUUCAGGCCUGGCUCCUGACCCCCCUCUCAACACAAACUCUAUGGUCCAGUCUUUCUCCCUCCUGUAUACUUUUUCUCUUGUGAAAUCUGGACUUUUCUUUCCACGCGGGAGGCAAAUGAUAAUGUAUUCUGGAAGUGACUUAAGUACUCUCUGACCACCGCCCCUCCUUUUAUUUACACGUUGAUAUACAUGAUGAACGUUUUGUAUUUGUACAAUGAUGUAUUCAAAAUUUACUUUGAAGUUGCAAAAUGUUUUUGUGCCAUGUUUUUAUUUUUACUUCGAUAUAGUUUAUCCCAGACCCCCACACUCCCCACCCCUCCUCACAUGCUGUGUACGUACUUGUCUGGAGCAGAAAUUCCAUAUUGAGUGCGCUCCCCUUAUUCCUCACAGGGCAGUACCAGCCUCCGAGGUGUGAUUGUUCGUCUUCAGAGUAACUUAAUUCUGGAAAACAAGUAAAUUAUCUUAUGUGAAAUUGCCAGAAUGUGUAAAAUGUUCUUUAAUAUGUAUCUGCAUAAUCUGUACACAUUUAUAGUGACCUGACAGGUCCUUGCUGUGCACGUACCUGGCUGUACAGUAAACACACAGUAGCUGGUAGCCAUUGUCAUUGACUCUUGAAUGAUGUUGUUUAUCUUUAUCAUUCAGUGCAGUUAAGAGUUCUCUCCCAACAUGAGCUUAUAGUGAUCCUCAUCUGCUCCUAAAACCCAUGACAAUAUGUUUUGGCACGUAUGUUCCACACACUCAGCAUCACAACGGGAAGACUCUUUGACCUGUGACCUGUGUUAUGGAAUGACAUUCUUACUACCCGUGCCCUUAGUGUGGUCCUUUCUCUAUCAUGAAUAGUGUUCCACAAAAGCACCAUUAAAACCUUAAAGUAUCCAUUACUUUUAGUGUCUCUCAUUUGAUUUAUGACCGCUAUUAAUUUGCUUUUUUGUCUUUUUUUUCCCCUCAUUUGUUAUUUUGCUUUUUUUUUUCUCUGCAAUUGUGUCCUGUAUCAUAACAAACAUGUCUUUUCUGAGAAAAUAUUCUCAACACAAUUAUUUAAACCAUGGAUCUGUAAUGUAUCAUAAUAAACAGAAUGUUUUCUUGAAA